AUGAGUUUCAAUUCAUUCGAGCCUGCUUGCAAGGAAUAUUGCAGAGGUUUAAGUCCUCAGGCGAAAGCUGCUAUACAAAAGAGAAAAGACGAAGCUGCGGCUGCUGCAGCUGCAAGUGCACCUCCACCAGCACACGAAUCUGUAAGUGCACCUCCAACAGCACACGAACCUGAAACUUCACCAGCAGCAAAACCAAGUGCUGUUGUCCCGCCUGCACAAUCUGCGGCAAGUGUACCCACCACCAAAUCAGCAGGUGGAAUAUCAGAAACAAAAUCUGCUGGAGAUGGAGCAGCAGCAACAUCCGUCGGUAGCAAUCGAUCUGGAGUGUCUGGAAAAUCUGGGGGGUCUGUAAGGUCUGGAGGAUCUACCGCGCAUGAUGGUGCAACAGCUCAAGGAGCACCAACAACAAGUCCUUCUAAGUCUGCUAAAGCAGGAGAUCCAGCCGCCACGCAAAGUCAGAAGCAAAGAAACGACAGUAUAAUUAGCGAUUCGUAUAGUUUCGUGGAAGGUGAAGGAGAAGAUUUAGAUUUGAAUGCAAUGUUUAUGGAUAUGCUGAAACAUCCUUACACGAAGAAAAUAUUGGCGGCGGCGGCUUUGUUCUUACUUGGCGUUAAGCUUGCCAGGGAAUUGGAUUUCUUGUAUAUGCCUUUGCGAAUAUACGAUCCUUUAAAGUCAGAUGCUUUAGGAAGAAUGCUGUAA